UGUGUCUACCUAUAAUCUAAAUUGCUCUUGCUGUAUCAGUUAUCGACAUACCAGUAAUCAGUAUACAACUGAGUUUCGUCGUUUGUCGUUGUUCGUAAAUUGUAAAUAUGCCAAAAAUAAGGAGUUCGUUUUGUAACAAAAUUCGCGAAUGGAUUUCCACAGCAAAUACAGACACCGAGGUUUUCACUACUGACGGGAAAAUAGUAUUUUGUAACCCUUGUGGAAAAUCUAUUGUUUGUGAGAGAAAGUCUCAGGUAGAUCAACACAUAAAAACAGUGAUAGUCAUAAAAAAACUUGAAACUCAAAAUAUGACUUUACAUGAAAGCAUUUCAAUAAUUAACGAAACGAAAGAAAAAAUUAAUUCUAUUCCUGGAUCGAAAGGUGCAACACUUGCAACAAAAUUAAACGAGCUUUCCAACAAAAAUGAAGGUCUGAAGAUUCUACGAAAAAUUAAUUCAGUGUUAUUUGGCGAAAACGUUCAGCUCGAAGAUCUUUAUCAAGACCCGACAAUACUAUAAGUUGCUUCAAAUAUGCUCCAAUGAACGUGAAAUUCCUAAUGAACGUGAUAACAAGGAAAUAUGUUUGGUAUUAUUCGUUAUUCGUUAAUAUUGUUUAUAUUAUAGCUAUAUAGAAUACCCGUGUACCUGUGUAUCAUAAAUUAUAUUAUAAGUAUACGCAUCAACCAAAAACUGGAGAACUUGUUAUACGCCGUAUACCCGCGUAUACGCCCCACUACACCACUGUUAGGUACCCAUAAAUUAUACUCGUCAUCAUGAUAUAUUGUUUUAAGUGUAUAUGGACAGGUGUUUUCGGUUAUCUAUACUUGAA